AACUUCGAGAGCAUUCAUUCUUGUCUCUCUUCUUCUUCUUCUUCUUCUCUUCCUUCUCCGACGAGGUCCCCGUUUCCAUGGGGGUUGGAGAAACCCUAACCCUAAUGGUAGUUGCCGAUCCCCAUCUCUCAGCUCCAGCUUGAGCGGGGGAUUCUCUCUGCUUGGUUUGGUUGAGGAGGAGGGUGCGAGAUCGGAUGGAGAACUAUAAGAAGUCACUGCUACGGGUGCGGUUGAGGGUGACGGCGAAGAAGAGAGGAAAGGAUGGUGGAGCUCAUGGGGAGGCGAGGAAGCGGGAUCAGGACUGUAGCAAUUCGGUGAAGAAGCUUUUUCGCCGGGAGAUCGGUGCGCGGCCUCACUUGUCGCGGGGAACUGCAACGAGUGCGCCUGAGAAGUUCCGCAACAUCCAGCUUCAGGAGGAGUUUGAUACAUAUGACGACAAUAUCAAUUGCUUUCUUCAGCUUCAGUUUCUCAAGAAGAGAUCCAAAAUUAUUGAGAUUGUUGCAGCAAAUGAUAUAAUAUUUGCGCUUGCCCAUUCGGGUCUUUGUGCUGCUUUCAGUCUAACGACAAAUAAACGUAUAUGCUUCUUGAACAUAAGCCCUGAUGAAGUGAUUAGAAGUCUUUUCUACAAUAAAAACAAUGACUCGUUGAUCACAGUAUCAGUAUAUGCAUCAGAUCAUUUCAGUUCCUUGAAAUGCCGAACCACUAGAAUAGAGUAUAUUAGGAGGAAUCAAUUAGAUGCUGGUUACCCUCUUUUUGAAACAGAAUCACUAAGAUGGCCUGGAUUUGUUGAAUUUGACGAUGUAAACGGGAAAGUACUGACAUAUUCAGCACAUGACGGCACAUACAAGGUCUUUGACCUAAAGAACUACAACUUUUUGUACUCAAUAUCUGACAAAAAUGUGCAGGAGAUCAAAAUCAGCCCAGGGAUCAUGUUACUAAUACUUCAACGAAUGCCUGGUUAUGUCCCAUUGAAGAUACUCAACGUAGAAGAUGGGACAGUAUUGAAGUCUUUCAAUCACUUGUUGCACCGCAACAAGAAGGUUGACUUCAUCGAGCAAUUCAACGAGAAGCUUCUCGUCAAACAAGACAAUGAGAACCUUCAGAUUCUGGAUGUGAGAAACUCCGAGCUGACUGAAGUCAACAGGACGGAAUUCAUGACACCGUCGGCAUUCAUCUUCCUGUACGAGAACCAUCUUUUCCUAACAUUCCGAAACAGAACGGUUGCUGUAUGGAACUUCGGCGGAGAGCUAGUGACUUCUUUUGAAGACCAUCUGCUCUGGCAUCCUGACUGCAACACCAACAACAUUUACAUUACCAGUGACCAGGACCUCAUUAUUUCCUACUGCAAAGCCGAACAAGCAUGCGAACAAGGCGAAGGACAAGAAGGCACAACAACAACAGCAACAGUCACUCCUGUCGGCUCGAUCAACAUGAGCAACAUAAUGACCGGCAAAUGCAUUGCCAAAAUCUGUGCAGACGAUCCACAACUCCAGAUAAACCGCCGAACCAGCUUUCGACACCGGCCGAAGGUCCACAAUCCAUAGCACAAUCAGAGAAGCCUUAGAAGAUGUCACCGCCCUCUUCUACGACGAAGAA